AUGGGGUCAGCUCGGGUUCCUCAAGAGAUUUGGGAUCGGAUCCUCGAAGUCGUCGACUCGGACGAUGGGAACGCCACUUUGCGCGCUUACCCGAUUCCGAGGGGAGCUUAUCGAAUAGAAGUGGUCAAUCUCCGUGCCGAACAUCUCUGCCGUACCCUGAGCGAAUCCCCGCAUCUGCGGGCUUUCGUUACGGUGCUGGCGAUUCCGGUCCGAUACCUUGCUCGAUUCCUCGAACAACAUCUCCCGAAUAUCCAAGAUCUGCACCUUCGUGGCGUGAACAAACCGGACGACUGCGAUAUCCCUGAGGGAGUCACGCUGGCCGCUUUCCCUCGUCUUCUUGGUCUUCACCUCAACGCAAUCACGCUCCUUCCCUCCAGAUUCCUUGCGUUGAUUGAGUCCGCUCCCCAUAUAAAUCAUCUUGGUUUUCGUAGUGUCUUUUGGUGGGACAGAGACGGCGAGUCGGAGCGCUUUCCAUCGUCGCCAAAUGGUGCAGCCAAACCUCGGUUGACAGGGUUGGAGAUCGAGGAACGUCCCGUGGCCGACACGUUGGAACACUUGGCAGCUCUUGCUGUUCGUGGAUACUUCGUUCUCGCGCUCGAGCAGCUGUCACUGCCGGUCGGCCUGUCUGAGCCGUGGUUCACGGUGUCGCAAGAGCUCCCCCUGCAGCACUGCAGCAUGCUUCGUUCACUCCGGAUAACCAACUACGAGGAUAUAAGAAUGGAUUCUCGCCGGCCGCCCUUCGACUUUUCAGAUAUGGUCUAUCUUGAAGAGAUUAGCAUCACCAUGAUGAUGCAGUUCGGCACAUACAUGGAGAUUCUCCCUCAUAUCGUCAGUUCGCUCGAAACCAUCAAGUCUCGCUCCUUCCGGUCCCUUGUGAUCAGUAUCCUCGCCCCAGGGGUACUUCUGUCCUAUUGCUUGCCCGAUAUCGGGUCCGCCUUUACCGAUGUGGGCAUCGAACAGCUCUCGGAGCUACACGUUAGGUACUGUCGGAAAUCGCCCCCCGGCGGCGAUUACACCGAUUCGGACUUGAUCAGAGAGCACUUCGGAGUGCUCAUGCAGCGGGGGCUUGUGGUGAAACUGUUCAAGGAAGCAGAAGAGUUGUUGUAUUAUUAGCUUCAUAUCAGCACCGGAAAGUGUUGUGCGCCGUUCUUGUUUGCC